AUGUGCCACAUCCCAGUCUUCGCUGGAUCACUGCUACAUGUUCUGGAGGAUCGGUUGAAGACCACAGAGGGAGGAAAGCUGCCCAUGACCAUGACUGAGAUGUACAUCCACUUCCUGGUGGUUCAGUCCAAAGUGAAGAAGGUCAAGUUUGAUGGAGGAGCUGCAACGAUCCACACUGGAGUCCAGAGAGCAGGAAGAUGCACCGAGUCUCUGGGACUGACUGGCUUUGAUCAGCUGCAGAAAGGGAACCUGAUCUUCUAUAAAUCCGACCUGAAAGAGUGUGGCAUCGGGAGCAUCAGAGCAGCCUCAGUUUUUCGCUGUGAGAUCACAGAGGAAGGCUGUUCUUCUCUGGGAUCAGCUCUGAAGUCAAACCCCUCCAGUCUCAGAGAACUGGAUCUGAGUGGAAAUAAGCUGCAGGAUUCAGGAGUGAAGCUGCUGACGGGUUUUCUGGAGAGUCCACGUUGUAGCCUGGAGACUCUGAGACUGAUCAGCUGUGGGAUCACAGAGGAAGGCUGUUCUUCUCUGGGAUCAGCUCUGAAGUCAAACCCCUCCAGUCUGAGAGAACUGGAUCUGAGUAUCAACCAGCUGCAGGAUUCAGGAGUGAAGCUGCUGACUGGUUUUCUGGAGAGUCCAAGUUGUAGACUGGAGACUCUGAGUCUGUCAUGGUGUGGGAUCACAGAGGAAGGCUGUUCUUCUCUGGGAUCAGCUCUGAAGUCAAACCCCUCCUGUCUGAGAAAACUGGAUCUGAGUAGAAACCAGCUGCAGGAUUCAGGAGUGAAGCUGCUGACUGGUUUUCUGGAGAGUCCACGUUGUAGCCUGAAGACUCUGAGUCUGUUAGGCUGUGGGAUCAUAGAGGAAGGCUGUUCUUCUCUGGGAUCAGCUCUGAAGUCAAACCCCUCCAGUCUCAGAGAACUGGAUCUGAGCUACAACCAGCUGCAGGAUUCAGGAGUGAAGCUGCUGACUGGUUUUCUGGAGAGUCCAAGUUGUAGACUGGAGAUUCUGAGUCUGUCAGGCUGUGGGAUCACAGAGGAAGGCUGUUCUUCUCUGGGAUCAGCUCUGAAGUCAAACCCCUCCAGUCUCAGAGAACUGGAUCUGAGAGGAAACCAGCUGAAGGAUUCAGGAGUGAAGCUGCUGACUGGUUUUCUGGAGAGUCCAAGUUGUGGACUGGAGACUCUGAGAUGGAAGUGAUCAGCUGAGUGCUGAUGAUCCAGAGAGCAUCUGGAGACUGGAGGAAAAUAUCUGUCUUGUUCUGACAUUCCAACGCUUGUUUUGCGAAUGUUUCUGCCGCUUCGUUUCCCUUUACCCGUCUAUGUGCUGGCACCCACAUGAAUGCCACCAAAAUACCACCUGACUAAGUGGGAACCGUGUUUCAUAUAUUUCGUUGAUUAUAUCCUGCCUGCUAUGAGAUGUGACUGUAAUGAUGAUAAUGCUGAACUGGAAUCUGAACCAAUGAUAACCUUUCUGACCUGAACCUCCUCCACCCACUGCAGCGCUGGUCAGACGGCCAAAGCCUCAACUGUCAACACGACAGAUGGUCUGAUGACCUUCGUCUGACCUCAUAGUUAAAGGAACGAUAACUGCAAAUCCAGUUCUCCCUGUAUUAGGCUCUUUAGAUCCAUCUGUGUACGCCGGGGUAAAUGAUUGAUCUGUUGUCUGCAGUGUCUCCUCUUCUCCUCGUUGUCUAGUUGUUGUCUUUGGUUCCGUCUUCCCUGUGCGCUGGAUAUUCUUGACCUGCCUGUUUGACCCUGCCUGCUUGCCCUGACCCCGAUUCCCUGCCUGCCCCCUUUUGGACGUUUUGCUUUUUUUGGAACUUUUGUCUCAUUAAAGAGUCUUUUUGUUAUUCA